CUAUCCCACACCUGCCUCAUACUGUGGGCGGAUAAACAGCUGGGAUGUGGCGUGUCUUGAGUUUCAUUCCUCACGAACAGACUGCCGUUCCAUAUUCACGUCUGUCCGGGAUCACAGCCAUCAUCAGAAUGUGGAUUCUGUUGGUUAUUUGGAUGAUUUUUUUCGCGGAUGGAAAAACUAUUGGCGAGUGUCGUCUGGUUCUUCAUGCAUUAGCCACAGCCGUGUGUCAGCUGUAUCUGGUGCUGUUACACCUGCGCCGUGCCGGCCAACACUUGGUUAAAGCUUGGCGUAUUGAUUUGACCACUGAUCGCAUUAAUGAAAAUGUGUUAUGGCGUAGUACUCAGCCAGAGUAUGUUUUAAAGAGUCGUAGAAAAGCCUCUGUUCAUUUCCUGGAAGGAGUGUGUUUGCUCUGGGAGUCUCUCUCUCAGUUUCUGGCGGUCGUGUCGACUCUGUGUGUCGUUGUCAGACACGUCCUGCAGGCGGCGCUGUUUCUCAUUGUGUCCACGGUGCGCUGGCCGCAAAAGAUGCUGCUUUCUAAAGAGGAUUUGGACGAAUGGGAGAAAGAACAGAAGAACGACAGAAAGGAAUUACAGGAACAAAGAAGACAGGUGGAGGAAUACCUAACUGUUGUUGAGCACUUCCCUUCACUUCACAGGACAAAAAGUGGUUGAUUUAUUAAUACCUCUGUUCAGUUCACCACAAAAAGUAGCUUCUGAAGCCAAAUGUGCUUUCUAUGAGGAACACACAGUGAGAUGAACUUGAGAAGAUCAGUCUGUUUUGUAAUCUGGACAACCAAAUCAUUGGGGGGAAAAAAUAUUUUGGGGAACUAUUACUUAAAGUGCUACAUACGAUUUAACCAUUUUGCUAAUCAUUUCCUUGCUUGUGAAUUAGACCACACUCUUUCUGAAACUCCACUUUAAGACGUACACAAAAGAGAAAUC